UGGUAGCUGGUACUUUCGACAUUUGAAGUUGGAACCGGUACGAGCACGUUCAUGUACGGAAGCCCGGUCAUGCCUCGGCGCAUUAUCGAAACAAAAGGCUGUCGGGACACUCAGGACUUUGAAAGAGUUUUUUUUUAAGUUGUAGAUUAAGUGAUACACAAUUAGACGUGCUAGGUCAAGGAGCGUAUUAAAAAAGUGAGACGUUGAAGUAAAAGACAGAAAGGUUUUAUUUAGAGAGACCGAAUCUCGUGCCAAUCGCAGAGAAAAUGGGACGCAACUUCGGCAAAAAGAAACAAAAGAAGGGUGGUAAGAAAAACAAUGCUGGUAAGGCGAAGGUCAAUGUAAACACCAAAAACGAUGCCGUAGAAGAAGUCACCUGUCGAGAAGUAGCCAUUUACCAGCCCCCUGCUAGUCAAAAUGAAAGCGACAGUGACGAAGAUGAGAGUGUAGAAUGGGCAUCAUUUUUUUCUGAACAGCGUAGAUCUCACAAUUAUUCCUCCAGUUCCAGGAAUACCUAUCGCCAGGCACGAAGAAGUGGAAAUCGUUCCAGAGCUUAUGAUGAUGAAUAUUACACUGAACAACUCCUACGGUCAUUCAUAUUAGGUCAUGCAGUAAGAGCUUUCAUUGAUCAUUUGUUUGAAUGUAUAGUAGAACGACAUUUUUAGGUUGAAUUUUAAUUUAGUGUAUUUUUUCAGUUUUAUACGAUGAUAAAAAAAAUAUUGUUUAUUGUAUUGGGUUUGUUCAGUUUCUUAAAAAGUAUACACAAGUAUUUUUUUGUGCAGUUACUUAUUUAUUUCAUAGUUCACCGAUUUAAACAAGCGUUCACAUAAUAUUUUCUGAUUAACGUAGUUUGAGUAACUCAAGAUAUCUUAUACCAUCAUUGAAAAUUAUAGUAAGAGCAUUAAAAGUUAAACAAUUUUUAAUUUUCAAUUAGUUACUGUAACUUAAAAUAUUCUUUAGCAUGUCAAUUUUCAAUGCAUACAUCUUGUUUUACAAGUAUAAAUUAUUUCGAAAAGCAUCCAAAGUAUGAAACAACUGGGUAUUGUCAGUUUUUAAGAAGCAACAUACAUUAAUGUUUUAUAAUAUUUAAAACAUUUUUUCUUUUUCUUUUUAAAUUGUUAUUCAGCACAAAGAUGUAAUCUGACAAAUGAAUGAGUAACAAAGAUACUUAAUUAAAAAACUCUAUAAAUAUAUAUAUAAUAUAUAGAAUAUUAAUAAUAGUAUGAUUAACAGCACAAUAAUGAGCUAGUGACAUGAGAUCAAAGAGACUGUGUACUAUCAUAAUUUUAUAAAUGUAAUUACGCCUCUUCUAUGAUGUCACACAUUAUAAUUUAAAGUUUUUCACAUAUAAAGUCUUUUGUUAUUCUUUGAACGAAAUCCUCAUUUCCUUUGGCUAAUUUUUCUGCACUUACAAGGGUUACUUAGCAUCAUUGA